CUCUGCCAACUGCUGUCACUUCUACGUUGCUCUACCAAAUGGUCGGAUAAUACUUGUGUGGGUGUAGAAUAUUGAGGUUAUAGCGAAUAGAAUUAAAAAUAAUUUAUUGAAUUUAGACGGUAUAAAUAACUGCUCAAUGAAAAACCGCCCAAAAUGGCUCUGCUCGGCGCUCAACUCGUUAUAACUCUGAUAAUGGUCUCAGUGAUUCAAAAACUCGGGAAUUAUUCGUUCGCGAGGUGGCUAUUAUGUUCGACAGGGUUGUACCGGUACUUGUAUCCUGAUAACAAUGAGUUGAAGGCUUUGGCGGGUGUGCCUAAAGACAAGCCAAAGGGGAAGAAAGGGGGGAAACAUGAGCCGAAUGGGAAGCCGGAGAUGUUUCAUGUUCCGCGAAGCCUUGAGAUACAGCUGGAGACGGCACCGGUGACGGCUCUGGACGUGAUACACUUGAGAUAUUACACCGAGUAUCAGUGGAUAGUAGAUUUUUCACUUUACACAAGUAUUGUGUAUAUUUUGUCAGAGAUGUACACUUCAAUAUUUCCGCUGAAGGAUGAGUUCAACCUGAGUAUGGUGUGGUGCUUGCUGGUGGUUCUCUUCUCAUUUAAGAUUCUGCUGACCCUAACCAAGCAGUACUUCACCAGCGAGGAGUCUAUCGGGGAGCGCUCCACGUGCAUCGUGGCGUUCUGCGUGUUCCUGCUGCUCGCCAUGAUGGUGCUGAUCGUGGACGAGCGCCAUCUGGAGGUCGGUGUGGACCCGGCUUAUGACAGCUUCUAUGAGAACGCGCAUAGGUUUCUGGAGAACCAGGGACUUUCUUCUGUGGGGCCAGCAUCGAAGUUGAUCCUGAAGUUUUCAUUCGCCAUCUGGGCAGCGAUCAUCGGGACUCUGUUCACGUUCCCUGGUCUCCGAGUGGCCAGGAUGCAUUGGGACUCGUUAAGAUACUACGGCGACAACAAACUGAAGAGUUUCCUCCUGAACGCAAACUUCGCAAUGCCUUUCGUGCUAGCGCUACUGUGGGUCCGGCCCGUGACGAGGCACUAUCUAACCGUACGCAUCUUCAGCGGCAUGGAUAAACCUUUAAUGACAGGGGCCGCGUUCGACACCCUCCGUUUGACUCUAGUAGCGGCAACAGUGGUCUUACGCCUAUGUCUGAUGCCACGACAACUACAAGCGUAUUUAGAUAUGGCGCAAAGGAGAUUAGACGCGCAGAAAAAAGAGGCUGGGCGUAUUACCAACGUGGAUUUGCAGAAAAAGGUGGCCUCAGUAUUCUACUAUCUCUGCGUAGUCGCGCUCCAAUACAUCUGCCCGAUCAUAAUGUGUCUCUACUUCGCGCUCAUGUACAAAACACUAGGCGGGUACAGCUGGGCCGACCUGUUCUAUGAAAGGGACGAAAUGUGCAGUCCAGAGAAUAAGGUCCUUCCAGAAGGACUGGAUUUAGAGCAGUAUCAGAUGGCUUGGGAGAAUCUUAAGAUGGUAUUUACUCAAGAAGUAUACCGAGGUGUGUUCGGGUUCGCGACUUGGUGGUCCCUCUUCGCGUGGUUCACGACCACGGCGCUCGGCCUCGCCUACCAGACCUACUUCCGCAUCUCGUGAUACCCUGGUACCGCCGGAUUAUGUUACAGUAGGGUUUUGAACCUUGUUUUAUAGGUUUUAAAGUCCAAAAUGAGA